ACUUUGCAUCAACCAAUAAAGACCAAAAGUGUUACUUUUGGUCAGUCUAUGAGAGAGAAAACCAAAAUGGGAGAAGCCACCACCGCCGCCGCCAACGUCAAUAAGCAACCAUCCCCGCCGCACAUAGUGAUGCUACCAUUCAUGGCCCAUGGCCAUCUCAUCCCUUUCUUAGCAUUAGCACGCCAAAUCCAUCAUCUUACAAACUUCACCAUCACCAUCGCCACCACCCCUCUCAACAUCGCCUACCUCCGAUCCACCAUCACAAACAGCUCUAAUCAGAUCCAUCUCAUCGAUCUCCCAUUCGACACAUCCGCCCACAACCUUCCUCCAAACUGCGAAAACACUGAAUCUCUUCCUUUAUCUCUAAUAGUCUCCCUCUUCACCGCAUCCACAUCUCUCGAAACCCCUGUAAACAAUCUCAUCGAGCAAAUCACAGCCGACGAAGGCCGACCCCCUCUUUGUAUCAUCUCUGAUAUCUUCCUCGGAUGGGCUAAUCGAGUUGCAGAAGCUAAUUCCACCGUAAACAUCUCAUUCACUACCGGCGGUGCGUAUGGUACAGCUGCGUAUAUUUCAAUCUGGCAGAAUCUCCCCCACCGUAAAACUGAUUCUGAUGAAUUCCAUGUUCCGGGUUUCCCGGAUUCUAGUAGAUUUCAUCGAUCUCAACUCCAUCCUUUCAUAAGAGCCGCUGAUGGGACUGAUGACUGGUCUCUGUUUUUCCAACCACAGAUUGCUUUAUCUCUUCAAUCAUUUGGUUGGGUUUGUAAUACAGCAGAGGAAAUCGAACCUUCCGCUAUGGAAAUCCUGAGAAAGUAUAUUAAAAAACCUGUCUGGGCAGUCGGACCCUUGUUGCCUCCAGAAAUGCUCGGAACUAGCUCCCCUGUUCCGAUUUCGAAUCGGCACAGUGGGAGAAAAUCCGGCAUCUUGGUAAAGGAUUGUCUCGAUUGGUUAGAAACUAAGGAGAAACGAUCAGUUUUAUACAUUUCAUUCGGUUCACAGAACACGAUAGGUGAAACCCAGAUGAUGGAAUUGGCUAAAGGAUUGGAAAAGAGUGGCAAACCAUUCAUCUGGGUGAUCAGGCCUCCAGUUGGGUUUGAUGUGAAGGGAGAAUUUAAAGAUGAAUGGUUGCCGGAGAGAUUUGAGGAGAGAAUAACAAGGGAGAAGAAACAAGGUUUGUUGGUUAGAGGAUGGGCGCCGCAAUUGGAGAUACUUAAACACAGUUCGAUAGGUGGGUUUUUGAGUCAUUGUGGUUGGAAUUCAGCAAUGGAGAGUUUGAGUCAAGGUGUGCCUUUGAUUGGGUGGCCAUUGGCGGCGGAGCAAACGUAUAAUGUGAAGAUGAUGGUGGAGGAGAUGGGUGUUUGUGUGGAAUUGACUAGAGGGGGUAAAGGGGAGAUAGAUUGUGAGAAGGUGGAGAAGAUAAUUGUGGAGGUUAUGGAGAUGGAGGAGAUGAAGAUGAGGGCGGAGAAGAUUAGGGAUUCGAUUAGAGUUGCAAUGGAAGAUGGAGGAGAUGGGAAAGGAUCGUCUCUGCUAGCUUUGGAUGAUCUAAUCCUUAAACUUGUUUCUCUUUCUACACUAUGACUAUGAGAUAGAAACAUGCUUGACAGAAUAACAAACAGUUUGCUUAAGAGAAAUCUUAGUCAAUUCCCCAUUUCUUGGGAACUUAAAUGCAUUAUUUAUUGUGUUGUAUUUUGUUGUUUAUUAUAAUAUAUUUGAUUUUAUGCA